UACUGCGUUGUAAGUGAAGUAGUGAAGUGAAGUAAGACAUUUAACAGUGAAGUGAAGUGUAGUAAUUGGCGAAAUGGCGUCCUAUGGGGAUAACUUCAAUGACACUGUGGUGCGAGCGUAUGGGGAAGAGUUCCCGCUCCUAAUGCCAAGAUGGGGUUACGUCGUGUCAGCGUUUAUCUUAUUUCUUAUUGGAUUUUUUGGAUUCUUUCUGAAUUUGAUGGUGAUUCUUCUGAUGUUUAAAGAUCGACAGUUAUGGACACCGCUGAAUAUUAUACUUUUCAACCUCGUAUGCUCGGAUUUCUCAGUAUCUGUGCUCGGCAAUCCACUAACACUCAUCUCUGCGCUAUUCCAUCGGUGGGUUUUUGGGCACACCAUGUGUGUAUUAUACGGAUUCUUCAUGGCUUUACUUGGUAUAACAUCAAUCACGACGCUAACGGUCAUAUCUUUCGAGAGGUAUUUGAUGGUGACCAGACCUCUCAGCUCGAGGCACCUGACUUCCAAGGGAGCUGCGCUAUCAGUAGUCUUCAUCUGGACUUACUCCUUAGCGCUCACCACACCACCCCUGAUGGGAUGGGGAAACUACGUAAAUGAAGCGGCGAAUAUAAGUUGCUCAGUGAAUUGGCAUGAGCAGUCUAAUAACACGCUGACCUAUAUUCUGUUCCUGUUUGCGAUGGGACAAAUCGUGCCGCUGACUGUGAUCACCUUCAGCUAUGUUAACAUCAUCAGGACUAUGAAGCGAAAUUCCCAGCGUCUUGGUCGAGUGAGUCGGGCAGAAGCAAGAGCGACCGCAAUGGUCUUCAUCAUGAUCAUAUCCUUUACAGUCGCCUGGACACCCUAUUCACUUUUCGCAUUAAUGGAACAAUUUGCUACUGAAGGCAUAGUGUCACCAGGCGCAGGAGUUAUACCAGCAUUGGUAGCAAAGAGUUCCAUUUGCUACGAUCCUUUAAUUUACGUUGGCAUGAAUACUCAGUUCCGGCAAUCUAUCAAACGGAUAUUCGGAAUUCACACGAAAAGAACAAACUCACAAACGGAUAAAUGUUAUAAUAACACAAUGCUGUCACCUGCCCACAAGCAAUCAGCGUACAACGAAAUCACUGUCCGUUACAACUCUUCAGAAACUAUCAUAACCAGCACUCCAAAGAGGCCGAAAGAAAUAAAUACAAACGAGGAUUGCGAAAAUCAUUCAGUUUCAAUGACUUUGAAUGAUGUCAAUCGACCAGUUGGAAGACCUUGCGAACUGUGUACUAUCCAAGAGAACAAAACCGUGUCUGAUGCUGAGAGGUCCGGCGAUACGGUUUGCGACGAAGAAAGUUGCAAUAGCAAUAAAAAUUUGGAAUUUGUUUUCGGGCAAUCGUGUAAAAUUUUCAAGCAACCAUCCCCUGUACUCACGAUUGUCAACACUGAACGUCUCGUAUUCAGCAGAGUACCAAAAGACAUGGCCCAAGAGGCUGUAGACUGUGUGUAUGGCAACAAAAUCGACGACGAACAUAAGAUCGAUAUGACGCAACCAAAAACAAAUGCUGAAAGUACCGUUAAUGAUAACGUUUUAAAACGACCAAUCAAACACAGCUUUUCAUUGGAUCUCGGUGGGGUGUCUCAGGAAGGUAGACGAAGAAAAUUUUCCAUAGAAACAAAACUCGAUACAUUCAAUCCGCCGAAAAUCUUUUCAAAAGACGGAGUUGUUAGUAAGCUUUUCGAUUCAGAAACAAAACAAAGACACGACAGCAUAACAAGUUAUUUAUGUGAUGACGAAACGAGUGACAAUGAAGACGAUCUGUAAAGGAAUUUGAUAAUUGAACAAAUAAUAGUCACGACGGAUAAUGUCAGAAAAUGGCGUAAAUAACUUUUGGUGGUUAGGACAUUUGGAGUUGCGCUCUGCGAUAAGAUGAAAUACUCGUAACAUUAUAAAAUUGAAGGCUAUCGUCAAGGAUCUGUGAUAAAGAUAUUAGU